AAAAUAUCAAGGGACAAUAGAUAGAAAGUCGUGAAGAUCGAAAACCACAAGUUCAAGGGCUGUUCAGGAAUAUCCUGUUGAAAAAAUAGUAUCGAGCCUAUGGACAAUGCAAUCGAAUUUAUAGACUCGUAAGUAUGGCUAAGCGAGAAAACACCUCCAAGGGAGGGUUCGUAAUUAAACUAUCCUGCGAAACCGUACAGAAAUUGGCAGAAGAAGAACUGAAGAGUAAAAAGAACGAAGAACAUCUUCCAGUCGCUAAAGAUAUUUCAGACAAGGAUGUAAGAAAUGUUGCGUCAGAAAACAAAACUGAACCGAAACUUAACACAUUGCAAGCAAGUGAAAAACGGGACGCUUCAAAGGUUGAUUUAGACAAUAACAGUAAUAAGCAAAUUGUUUCUGCCCCUGAAACCAUUAUAGAAACUAACACAGCUACCAAAAGUAACGAAUCAAAUAGUAAAAGUGCAGAUUCAGAUAGUAAUUCUUGGGGAGAUUAUGCUCCGUACAUCACUUACGAAGGGGAAGAUGCCACAUACACUGAUCCAUCAACGCAACAAAAAUACACAUGGAAUAAAGUAUCCAGCACUUGGGAAGCUAAACCUGGCCAAAGCGAUGUCACUGGUCGAGAAUACAGCUAUGAAGAUGACACACACAUUUACACAGAACCUGAUGGUUCAAAAUUUUUCUGGGAUGUGGAUAGAAAAGCCUGGAUACCUAAAGUUGAUGAUGAUUUUUUAGCUCACUACCAGAUGUCAUAUGGUUUUGUUGAUAAUGCAACUAAAGAAGAUGAAAAAAAAGAUGAGGCUAAAAAGGAAGCUCACAAGAAAGAAACUGCUGGAAUUAAAAGAAAAAAUGAGCCACAGUGGUUUCAGGCUUCUGAUGAUACUAAUACGAAAGUUUAUGUGUCCAAUCUGCCUCAGGAACUCACUGAAGAGGAGUUCGUAACUUUGAUGCAGAAGUGUGGUCUUGUUGAACGGGAUGCUGUUACACAGAAAAUGAAAGUAAAAUUGUACAUGGAUAAGGAACAUAACUGCUUCAAAGGAGAUGCUUUAUGUACCUACAUAAAAAUUGAAUCGGUUGAUUUAGCAUUGAAAUUGAUUGAUGGAAGUGACUACAAAGGACAUAAAAUAAAAGUGGAAAGGGCAAAUUUUCAGUUAAAAGGUGAAUAUAAUCCAGCUCUCAAACCAAAAAAGAAAAAGAAGAAAGAGCUGGAGAAAAUCAGGAAGAUGCAGCAAAAACUAUUUGACUGGCGUCCGGAAAAAUUUAUUGGUGAAAGAUCUAAGCAUGAAAGAAUUGUCAUUAUCAAAAACUUGUUUCACCCUUCUGACUUUGACAAAGAUGUGCAGUUGAUACUUGACUACCAGCAGGAUUUGAGGGAAGAGUGUUCCAAAUGUGGGGAAGUGAGAAAGGUAGUAAUUUAUGAUAGACACCCUGAGGGUGUAGCCCAAGUUACUAUGAAAGAUCCUGAGCAAGCAGAUGCAGCAGUGCAGUUAAUUAAUUGCAGGUGGUUUGGCAAAAGACAAAUCACUGCUGAGAUCUGGGAUGGAAGAACAAAGUAUAGGAUUGCUGAGACUGAAGCCCAGAUCGGCAAGAGAAUAGAUAAAUGGGACGAGUUCUUGGAGGGAAAAGAUGAGCCUAAUAAGAACUCCGAAGGAGCAGAAAAGAAAGAAGGCUCAGCUGUCGAAUAAUGAAGUACAAAAUGAAGAAAAAGUAAAUUUUUCUUGAAACCAGCUAGGAUGUUAUAAGCUCUAUAUAUUGUGGUAUAAAAAUGGAUUAAC